GUCAGAAAACUCAGUGAUCCUUUGGAACAUUUUGCAAGUGCCAACGGAAAUCAACAAACAAACGUCAUCAUGGUCGACUGGACAGAUGCUGAGCGCAGUGCCAUCCUUGGUCUUUGGGGAAAGAUCAGCGCGGACGAGAUCGGACCCCAGGCCUUUGCCAGAUGUCUGAUCGUGUUUCCUUGGACUCAGAGGUACUUCAGCUCCUUCGGUAACCUGUCCACACCCGCUGCCAUCAUAGGUAACCCCAACGUGGCUAAGCAUGGGAGGACCGUGAUGCACGGACUGGACAAAGCUAUUCAGAACCUGGAUGACAUCAAGAACACAUACGCUGCUCUCAGUGUGAAGCACUCCGAGAAACUGCACGUGGAUCCCGACAAUUUCAGGGUCCUCGCCGAAUGCAUCACCGUGUGCGUGGCCGCAAAACUCGGGCCUGCAGUUUUCAAUGCUGAUACUCAGGAAGCCUUCCAGAAGUUCCUGUCUGUCGUUGUCUCGGCUCUCGGCAGACAGUACCACUGAGCAGCACUCCACAACAUCAAUAUGGAAGAGAGAUGAUACUCAAACGUCAGUCUAUUCGUCUGAAAGCGCUGCCAUAUCUACAAAU